AUGUCCAACCUCCCUAAAAUCCUAGUCACUGGAGGCUCUGGUUAUAUUGGCUCGCACGUAAUCUACACCUUGCAGCAAACCAGACGGUACAAGGUCAUUUCGCUCGACAACGGCCACAACUCGCACUCGAAUGCACUCGAUCGAGUUUCCGCGCUGUCUCGGAGUGAACUUCCUGAGAACGCGUCAGAGCAAGAAAUUGAAACGACGGUCAUCGAGAAUCAUUCUUGCGACCUGACUCGCCGCGAUGAAAUACGGGCGGUCUUUGAGAAGUACGGCAAGGGUGGGAUAUGGGGCGUUGUUCACAUUGCGGCAUAUAAAGCUGUCGGUGAAUCCGUCGAAAUCCCGCUCACCUACUACGAGAACAAUGUCGCUGCAACGCUCUACCUGCUUCAAGUGAUGAACGAGUUUGACUGCACCCGCAUAGUCUACUCUUCGUCUGCAACUGUCUACGGAAUACCACCCACCAUCCCAAUUCCUGAGUCGACGCGGCUCAAGGCUGACAGCCCAUAUGGAAAGACCAAGGUUGCGUGCGAGACGAUGAUUGACGAUCUGUGCCAUUGUAAGUGUUGUAUUUCCUUGAGAUACUUCAAUCCUGCGCCAGGCGCUCCUCUGUCAAUUCAACUUUACUCGCGCAGAUUUCGACGCGCCGUGCCGCAGACCAACAAAUCCGCUUCCCACUCGCAAACGCCGACAUCAAAACACAAAGGUGUCAGAAUCGAUGAAUGGGCUUCAAAAGGCAAGACCACCGUAAACCAACGCAACACCACCUUCAACUCGAAUACUACCCCGAGCAGCGCCGCAGCUAAUCGCCUUACCGCCGCUGGGCCGGCAGCUGUCUCCCCCAACAACACAAGUCGCCCGCGUGCCCAAUCUCGUCAAAAUCACUCUAUAACAAGGUCAGAGCGCGGAGAGCAACAGCAACUUGACGACGAGUUUCGCUUGCAGGCUUAUUUGCUCGAGCAGCGAACGUGA